ACAAGUUAGCAACCUAACAUUAAUCAGUCAAUGGACACUACUGGAUGGAUGAAGUAUAAUAGAAAGCAUUUGUUGUUUAGGAUAUGUGAAAGCUACACAUUCCCAUUGAUUCCUUGCAUUUUUUUUACAUAGAUUAAUUCAUCAUUAUACUUCUCUUACCCUGGCUUGCAGAUAGCAUAUGUGGUUCAUGUUGCUUGCCUUUUUCCCUGUGCAUAACACUGUGAAGUUAGUGGCUGUAUUAGUUCGAAUAAACGCCUUCUCAUUUCAUGUUAGCUAAUUGCUUACUUUUAAAAAUAUCUUUCAAAAUAUUUUUCUCAAUUGUUUGAACAUUUAAUCUACAAGCAGAAGGGUCAGAAAGGGCGUUUAUUCUACUGUCUGCAAGUCAGGUAAGAUUUUCUUCUUUGCCACCCAAAGACACACAGCUUUUCCAGGCAGCAAAAACAUACACACAGAAGAACGUGUUAUUUUGAAAUUCAUUUUUGCUUGUUCAAGAAGAAAUUUCCACAAUCUGAAGAAAGAACAGACAAGGAACGAUUUUCGUGUCAAUCUUUAAAACAGAGCAAGGCGUUGCGUUUAUUCGAACAAAUAUGGUGAGUGAAUUACUUUUUUUUUUCCUGGGUGUGUGAUGAAAUCUGUUGCAUGCCCAUAUUUUAUUUCAAUAUAUUGCUAUUUCGUUUUUUUUUUCAAUCAGACAGCAGGCAAAGUGUGGCAUGUUCUCACCCAGUCUCCUUCUCUUGCAGACCAGCACAGCAACGUGAACCUCGAGGGACCUGGGACAGCAGCAGUGCUGGCUUACACCCAGAACUGUAAACCCACAUUCACACAGGGCCUCAAGUGUAGGUCUGUGUUGGAGGGGGACCCUGCACUCUUCCAGUGCAAGCUGGUGGCAUGCCCAGCGCCCCACAUGGCCUGGUUUCACAACAACCGGCCAGUCCACCAGGACCGCCGCAAGGUGAUCCGCACUGAGAGUGAAGAGUACAUGCACAGUGCCAGCCUGGAGGUGCAGGAUGUGCAGGAGUACGAUGCUGGCAGCUACAGGGUAUUUGCCAUUAACAGCGAGGGCUCAGCUGAGUCCACUGCCUCGCUGCUGGUGGCACGCAGUGGGGAGCAACAGGGCUUGGGUUUCAGAGGGAAAGCAGAGUGGAUGCGGGAGAGAUGGGAAUGCCUGCUGCAGCAGCAGCAGAAGGACCGGCUUCGGGUGGUGCUCCGCUGCACUGGCUCGCCCUUUGACAAGGGGCAGGAGGCCGAGCAGUUGCUUGGGAGCCUCUCCCCAGCCCGGGGCAUGGUACGAACCAUCCAUUUCCGAAAGCUGCCACUGGCGGGGCCUCACCGUCCAGGGCUGGCAUGCGGUAGAGAGCACAGUGGCACAGUGGCAGAUGCUGAGGAGCUGCUGGAUGAGGAGAUCCGUUGGAAGCUGCAGCGGCUGCGAGAGGCAAAGAGGGCAGCGCUGAAAAAGAAGCAGGAAUCCCUCAUGUCCAUGCCCCAGGAGGGCCCUCUUAGGAAGCCCAGCCCACCUGAGGCAGUUGCCAUGAUGGAUGUCUCUGACCCCCUCACUGUGCAGGUAGUGAAGGGGUACCACAGGCCCAGGGCCACAGGGGAGAGAUGGCACAUGGCAGGUGGGCUCCUGGAGCCCUGCCCACCCCUUUUUGUCCAGGAGAUCAAGCCCCAGGAGGCUGUUGAGGGGCAAAGAUGCACCUUCUCCUGCCUCUUCCAUGGGCGCCCACAGCCCACAGUCACUUGGUACAACAACACCAAGCCCGUGGGGCGCAUCCGGGGCACAGCCGUUCACACCACAGAGUGCCACUCUACACUGACUUUCCCAUCCCUGCUCCCACAGCAUGGUGGCACCGUUACCUGCGUGAUCUUCAACCCGCUGGGCACAGUCAGCACCUCAGCUGCACUCCAUGUGAGGCAGCGGAUGCCAGGCUAUGAGGCCAUGAAGAAGGAGGAGGAGGAGGAAGAGGAAGGGAAGAAAGAGGAGAAGGAAGAGGAGGAGAAAGUGAAGGAGGAAGAAGAAGGGGAGAAAGAGAAUAAGGAAGAGAAGGUGGAAGAGGAGGAGGAAGUAGUUGGCCUGGCCUUCACACCAGAGCAGGAACUGCCAAGUGCAGUUCCAGACUCAGACUUGCUGUCACUGCCUGUGGAAAUCAAAAUCACUGCCCCGACUCCAACACCAGAGCAAGACACAGAGAUGAGGGAGACCACACAGACCUCUCCAGACCAGGCUGCUCCCACCAUAAAGCACAAGUUCAGGUUUUCAUUUGAUGUGGGAAAUGAGCCACCACAAAUUGUGGCAGAAGCCCCAGCACACAUUCAUUGCCGUGAAGGGGAGGCAGUGGUGUUGGAGUGUGCUGUAUCUGGGCAGCCCCCACCAGCUGUGUCCUGGUCCCUGAAUGGCCAGAACCUCCCUGCCAGUGAGAGGCUGAGGUUCGAGGAAGGCAAGAAUGGCAUGUACCGCUUAUAUAUUCAAGGGGUCUCUGUUGCAGAUGCUGGUCUGUACUGUUGUGUGGCCAAGAACGUGGCUGGAACAGCACAGACUGCCUCUAAGCUGACUGUGCAGCCCAGUGCACCCAGGUUGUAUAGCAAGGGUGGAGGCACUGAGGAACUGCCUGCCAUGGACCAUGCUCUGCACCUCCAAGGCCUCCACACACUUGGGAAAGAUAAAGAGGAACAGAUCACAUGCUCCAAGGAGGAGGAAGACCACCUACAGCUGUCUCCGUCUCCUGCUGAGCAGUUGGGAGAGGAGCUUGAGAAAACUCCUCAGUUAAGGGAAAGUGAGAUGAAGAAAAUGAUGGUGCUGGAUAUCAUGGAAGUUUAUGCAAAGCAAGAAAUGGGUUAUACAGAAGAAAGUGUGAGGGAUGUAGAUGGUGUUUCUGAGAUGAGGCAGCACAGGGGAAAUGCUGUCUCCGAGGCAGACAGCUUUCGAACUGAUGCCACUGAGCUGCACCCCACCAUGUCCAGGGAAGAACAUGAACUGGUGGCCAAGGGCUCAGGUCACAUUUCAGAGGAGCUGGGGGCUGAAGGAGACAAGGUGGUACCACGUACAGUUACUCUGACCUGGGACAUCUUGAAAUCACCAUUUAUGGAAGUGAAAGGGCAAACGCAUGCCUCUGAGCAGUCUGCUCUGGCAAGGGAGUGUGAGGAUUCACAAGUUUUCAUUCCUAUAUCACCUGUGGUGCAAGAGGAGAGUAAUGUUUACAUAGAGAGUGAUAACCCUGGCUGGGAAGUAAUGUCUCCUGAUGUGCCUCUUGUAGAAGAGCCAAGUGUGCCCCACCUGCAGGACAACAUUGCAAGCACACCCACAAAGGAACAGUUUGGCUUUUAUGACUUCUGUACAGAAGAGCAGCAGGAAGAACAAGGCAUAGCGCAAGAGAGAUCAGCUGACAUUGACCAGGACGACAAGGUUGAUGAUCAUCUUUGUAAAGAAGAAAUGAUUGAUGCUGGGGAUGCCACACACUGGGAAAUGCAGAAUGAUGGACAAAUGCUGCAAGAAAUGGAGUCUGAUGCAGGCAACUCUUCUUUGGAUCUAAUCCUCACUCCUGGCACAGAAAACUCAGGUCAGGAUUUUACUGAGGAAGUUGAAGUUCACCUAGAAGAAAUGCAUUUCAAAGAGCAGUUGUUGCCAUCUGAGACUGAUGAGACCAAGAUCACAUUUGAUCUGAAGAAGUUUGUGGAGCCUUUCUCAGCUGCAGAGACUGUGGGCACAGAACAGGCACAAACCCACCCAGAUCCACAGUGUGUGGAAGUAGGAGUGACUGGACUCAUGUCCCCCAUGCACCAACAUGAUGUGCUUGUGGAAGCGAUGUCUCUGAGUGAGGAGAUGCGUCAGAGCUACAGGAUGCAGCAGGAGGAGGUUGGUGCCCAGGAAGAGGCACAGCCAAGAGAACUCAGAAGGGCUGAUUUGCAGAUCCCCAAUGGGGACCUUGGCAGCAUCAUGGUAUCUGCUGAAGAGGGAUCCUCUGCUGAAGAAACUCGUGAGUCAAAGGUGGGUUUCUGUGGGGAGGAUUCACUUGAGGGACAAAUUAAUAGUUUUCUGGUGGAGUCCACAGCAAAUUUCCAAAGAGGAGUGCAGGAAACACAUGUGCGGGAGAGUGGGGAACGACUGGAGACCACAGACUCUGAGAGUGACAACUUCAUCAUCGACUUGAUAAAAGCUGCACGUGAAAAGAAACCCCAGGCUGGGCAUCAGGCUGAUGAGGAAGAAGGUUCUGGGACAGAAAAGGUCUUUCAGACAGGAAUGAUUAGCUCCACUUGUGAGAGAGAAAGCACAGAUUCCCCUGAGGAGGUUCUCAGGGACACUCAGCAGGAACCAAACACAACCAAGGGCUUCUCUUUUGGACAACUCUUACUUGGUUUAGUAAUGGAUGAUCCUGUGGCACAGAAGGAGCAAAGGAAGGAGUCUUGGGGCAAGAAGAGGACUCCCACUGAGGAAGCCUCUGAGAAUACUUUGGAUGGAGAAGGACUGUGGGAGGAUACUUCUGCAGGUCCAGAGCCCAGUGCUGUUCAAGCCUCAGAGAUGGAGUCUGACUUGUCCCUAGCCAAGUAUUUAAGGUCAACUGGGAUGCAGGAAACUCCAGAUCUCAAAGGGACAGUUCAGAAGGAACAGCGAGAGACCAUCACUUCACUGGAAGUGGAGGAGGUUACCUUCAGCACGGUUUAUGACUAUUACAACAACCAGCAGGAACUUGUACGGCCCUUCUCUCCUGAGUCAGAAAUGUCUAUAGAGCUGGAGAGCGGGAGUGGAGAGGAGUCACCUGAUUCAGACCGCUUCUAUACACCUCCCUCUUCAGUGGAGAUCUUUGAAACUGCUUCAUCAGCAUCCUACCACACACCACUCAGCACACCUGAACGCUACUCCACACCAUCCGAGGGCUCAGGAUACAGCACACCACCAGAGCACUACUCCACACCAUCCGAGGGCUCAGGAUACAGCACGCCACCUGAACGCUACUCCACACCAUCUGAGGGCUCAGGGUGUAGCACGCCACCUGAGCGCUACUCUACACCAUCCGCGGGCUCAGGGUGUAGCACACCACCUGAGCAUUACUCCACACCCUCCGAGGGUUCAAAAUGCAACACACCCUCAGAGUGCUACCUCACACCCCUUGAGGGACCCUACUCUGCGUCAGGGGACAGCACACCACCAGAGCGAUACCGGACACCCACCGGGGAGUAUAUGGAUGCCCUGGCCAUGCUCCCCCUCUGUGAGAGAAGGCAGCAGACUCCAGACCUUCCACAGGCUGAGGUGUUUAGGACCCCCUGUGAAGCCCUAGAGCCGUCAGGCAGAGAGAUGCCACCUGCAUUCCUCAAGGCAUUGAGUGGGAGGAGGCUGUAUGAGGGCAGCACACUGAGCUUUGUGGCCGAGGUGGUGGGUGUGCCCCAGCCAGGGGUGAAGUGGUACCAUAAUAAAUCUCUGUUGGAGCUGGAUGAGAGAGUGCGGAUAGAGAAGGAUGGGGACAAAUGCAUGCUGGAGAUCACUAAUGUCCAGAAAGCUGAUGGAGGACAGUAUCUGUGCCAUGCAGUGAACAUUGUUGGAGAAGCUAAAAGUAUUGCUCAGUUGGAAGUUUUGUCUGAAGAUGGACGGUCACUAGCACUGCCACCCCCUGUCACCCACCAGCAUGUUAUACACUUUGACCUGGAGCAAACUACAUCUUCAAGGUCACCUUCACCACAGGAAAUCCUCCUGGAAGUGGAGCUGGAUGAAAAUGAGGUGAAGCAGUUUGAGAAGCAGGUCAAAAUCAUAACCAGUCCUGAGUUUAGCCCAGAUAAGAAGAGCAUGGUUGUUUCCCUGGAUGUCCUUCCACUUGCCUUGUUGGAGCAAGCUGCAGGCUUGGUCGCAGAGGAGAAUGAGGAUGUAAAAAUCGAUUUCCAAGUCACUGAAAUGCCUCCCCGCUUUGCUGUGCCCUUUGCAGAUGUUGAGGUGACAGAAGGCUUGGAGGCAGUGUUUGAGUGUGUGGUAACUGGUACUCCUGUCCCAGUAGUGCAGUGGUUCAGAGGUGACACCUGUGUGACACCAGCCACGGGGAAGUACAUUGUGAGUCAGAAGGAGGGACUUCACAGUCUGAAGAUCCAAAAUGUAGGUCCUUCUGAUCAUGGUUGGUAUCACUGUCGGGCAGUCAAUAGGCUGGGAGAAGCAAUGUGCAAAGGCUCCCUUGUGGUCAUGGCUCAGCAGGGAGGAAGUGCUAAGGUGAGCAGUGAGACAGUCACGGGCAGUGAACCACACAGGCCCCAGAAGUGUGACUUACUUUUGAAUAAGACUGUGAGCCCAGGUGACCAGUCAGAAAUAGGGCUGGAGUUUGAGUCUGAGCCACACAUAGAUGAUUCAGAGAAAGCAAUCCGACUGCUUGCAAUGACUCAACAAGAGCAGGAAAUGGAAGCGGAGAAGUGUGUUGAUAUUAAUUUUGGUGUGGUCGCAAAGCCAUCCCAAGAAGAAUGGGUUGAGUUUAGGGCAGAGGACUCGGAGAGCUGCAGCUUUGAUUUCCAGAUCACAGACACACCUCCCAAAUUUCUGAGGCUGAUUUCUGACUACAGUACAUUUGUAGGUGCCUCAGCAUGCUUCCAGUGCCUCGUGACUGGUUCCCCCCACCCAAGUGUCCAUUGGUACAAGGAUGGGGUGUUGUUAGAAGGGCAUAGGUACUAUGCACAGGAAGAGCAGGGUGGGUUUCAUAGCCUUACUAUUGAAAACUUGAUGCAAAGUGACAGUGGACAGUACAAAUGUGUAGCUACUAACAGGGCAGGAACUGCUGAGACUUGUGCUGUGUUAACAUUAUACUAAAUUUCCAUAAUUUAUUUCUUUUGAAAUAUUGAAUGUUUUUAUUCUGUUGUUCACUGCAGGUAAAAAUGCAGCACUCAUUUUAGGGCAUUGUUUUUCAUCUCUUUAGGGAUGAAAACCACUCUAUGUGGGCAUAUUUCUAUCUCACUUAAACUUGCUGGGGAAUUUAAGUGAGAUUCAGUCUGUGCAUAGAUCUUGUGUACACUUUCUGCACUGAGGUAUAUUUCAGGCUCCUUCCAAGCUCCUUACUCAUUUUUGUAAAGAUAUUUUAAUUGACACUCAUUUAUGUAAGACUAAUUUUUUUUGUAUAGUGUACAUAUUCCUAUAUGUCAGUAACAGUACUAUCAUUAUUGUUUUACGUAGGCUAGAAAUCACCUGAAAAUGUAGAAACCACCUUUUCCUUGUAACCUAAAGGUAUGAAAUACUAACUUCCACUUGCUGCUUAGUUUGCAUAUAGUUCUGUGAAGGAACUCCUUAAACUGGUACUCCCCAUUCUCACAAUGUUGUGUCAGAACAUGUGAGUCUCACUGAUUCAAAUCCUGUGUUUACAGUUUCUAUCACUGCAAAGUUCUUACAUCCAUGGGCCUCAUUCUACUGACUCAUGGAAUUAAAUGACUUUUUUUUAAAGUCAAUAAAAUUAUGCUGUUGCAAAGGAAAGCAACACAAUGGGAAGAAAAAGAAAGUUUUGCAUUAGUAGUGACUGGACAGGAUUUUUUUCUCUAUUACCAAGUAAUAAACAUGAAAACAUAUUUUGUACUGUAUCUUUAAAAAUUAAAGGGAAAGGAGAGGGAGUAUAAUAAAUCAAUGAUGUAACUGUAAAUUCAUUAAAAUAAUUUUGGUUGUCCCCGUAUUCCAGUGUCAUUCAUAAAAAAUGCAUGGUAGUAAAAAGUGAGAUUUUUUUAAUGCAGUAUUCUUGUUUCACAUUAGAACUAAAUCUCCACAUAUUCCUUUUUUCUUUUUUUUAAUUAGUAACAUAAGUGUGCUAUGUGUCAAUAUGACCAGAAAUAAGUAGAAUACAUUCAAUUGUUAUCUGUAACAUUUUCACAGCAGAAGAGACUUUUACAUUAAUUUCUCAAUGUGAGUGCAUAUUUUUGUAUUUAAAAUAAUAGGAGGAGGAAUCAGCAGAAGCUGACAUAAUUAAAUCAGAAGUAAAUCUAUCUUACAUAAACAAUGAUGUAUUUAUUUAAAAAUAUGUUAAAAGUUUGAAAGUUAUUAAUUAAUGUUUAUCAAAAGUUAAGUAACUCUCUAAUGCAUAUGUUAACUUUCCAGUUACCUCUAUGCCAAGGUGAAACCUUGAGUUCAACAACCCUAAGCAAAAAUUAAUUUUACUUUGAUUACGUGUUCAUAAGGUUCUUCCAGUUAUUUACAAAUUGCUGUCAGUUGCCUUGCAAACUGCUUUAAGGAGCAUAAAACAACUAUUCCUAUAGUAUAUUCAGUUAUGUUCAUGCAUGUUCUUAUUUCUGAGUUUGAUGUGUCCUCACAUUGAGGUCAGCAUGCCUCAAAAACUCAGUAAUCUUUAAGACUAUCCCAUCACUCACCUUGGAUCAAAAGAUCAAAAGAUUCACUUUGCCCAGUUGUCUUGCCUGAUAGAAACUAAACGUCAGGAGUGGCAAGUUCUAAUGACGCAAUACACAGGGAAAAUGACUGGAGUGCUUAGGCUAAUACCUGUGUGCCACUUCAGCUUCUUCUCAGUCAUGACCCUAUGAUAAAUAUUUAAGAUUUCUAUGUUGUUAAAAGACAGAAAUAAUUGUGAUUUCUCAUAGGAAAUGGUGGUAGGGAAGAGAAGCAUGAGUGUCUGACCCAACAUUGUGCUGGGAAAGAAUUGCUUCGUGAUGUGUCCUUAAUCCAUUCCUUGUGUAGAUGUGUAGCACUAACCGAUUCAUUAGACAGCAGAGGUCCCUAGGAAUGUUGGCAUGAAUUGUCUGAUGUUAUAUGUCAGCUUUGACAUGAGGGAUCUUUUAGGUCCAAAGCCAAAGAGGUCAGAGGCCCUUUGGUUAAGUCCUAAGCAAUUAUGAAAUGUGUUUAAUUUGCAUGUAAAUUAAAUGAAAUUUUUAGUAGAAACAGGCCCAUAAUUUUUUUUGAAACCGUAAGCCAAACAGGUCCAAGUUCAUGUUCACAUCUGGAAUAUAUGGCCAAGCAUCUUUAUCUCUACUUGUGUAGUAGCAUUUGUGGUUUCUGUAAGUUUAAAAGUCUUGUUUUAAGUUUCAGACAUUAGCCAGGAGUACUAUCAUGCGCUUAUGGAGAGACACAGUCUCACCUAACCUACAAUGAUAUGAAUCUGGAGUAAUUCUAGUUUUUAAUAAACUUACUCUGGGGCAACUGGUAUAGAUUAGAGCCAUGACUGACUACCUGUCUUCAAAAUCCCGUGCUUUCGUAAGAAUUACAAAACUCAUAAUUUCAUUGUCAGGUUUAAUGUCAUCUUCAUUUCUACAAACAAAGUAUCUUUAAAAAAGGAUUAAUUAUGUUUGUUUGUCAUCAAUGUGUAUUGAAUGUUAAC